AAUUGUAAUAUAAUAAAAAUAUUAAACGUGAAUAAUAACAUGAAUAAAUAUGGUAUGAGUGUAAAGUACAAGUCUUUAUUUCUAAUUUAUUCUUUUUCUUUUUUAAAAUUACAGCAAAGAAAUUCUCCGUAGGCAUGGUGAUGACGAUGGUAUUUUGGGAUUAUAAACAUGGUAGAGCUAGAGAGAGAAAGAGAAAGAGAAAGAGAAAGAGAAGAGAGAGAGAACUUGGGUCUGCCUGCCCUACAACCGCAAAGUCAUAUACCACCAAACCCAUUUCACCAUUUUCCAUUUUCCAUUGUCUAUUCAUUCACCCUUUUUCUUCUCUUCAAGUUUCAACCCCACAACAGAACAAGGCUAAAAAUCACUUCUUGCAUCUAUAUUUUUUCUGGGUUUUGAUUGUUUUGAUCUGAGGAUACCAUCGGAUAAAGAUUACUCAGAUGAUUUGUUUGAUUGGUAUAUAGGCUUUUGAUUAGUUUUACAACCUUGAACAUGUGUUUCUUAUCUUGCUGGUAUGGAGGCCAGGAGAUUUUUGCUACUAGUGAAUUUCAGAUGUGUGAAAUAUGCUUCAAUACCUCCUCACAUUUUGUUAAGGAAGUGGUAACUGAAAUGUCCAAAAAGCUGAUGCCUUUGGUGGAUACAUAGUAUUAAAUUUUGGCAUACACUUAUUUUCUCAGCUGUACCAAGAAUCUUGGAACUUGCAGUUUUGUGUCCUGGUUGGUUAUAUUGAUUGAAUUGGAAAUUAAAACUUGUUGUGGUUGUUAGGAUGAAAUCAUUGGUGCUUAGAUGACAUUAGUUAAGUAGUUAAAUCUGCUGCAGGCAACAAAGGCCUAUAGCAUUAGGUUACUCUCCUUUAGAUAACUGGAUUUUAUUUUAUAUUUUUAAAAAUUUAUGAUGGGCUUACCUCAAGUUUCUGCUGCUGGAACUUCAGAGGAAGCCGCUGCAGCGGUGUUGGGCGCAUUUUUACAAAGCCCUCCUCGAAUUUCAGAUGUGAGUAGCUGUGAUUUGGAUGGUAUGAAUCAUGGAAGCUCUAGCCAAGUGGGUGUAAGUGGAAGUUCCAUGUGCUCCUCUUUUGGAGAUUUCCAUCGGAGAACAUCACUAGAGCUUUCAAGUUUCCCUGAUGUUACUGGCAAUGUUAAUUGUUUGAGGCUUGGUUCUGUAGACAAUGCAGGUGAAUUUGCUCCUAAAUACGGAAGGAAUAUCCACCGUCCUGUUUCUAGGAUUGUAGGUUUCGAAUCGAGCAGUAAUAGUUUUGGCAAUGGUGGUUGCAAAAGUGUGUCAGCUUCUCAUGUCCAUUCUUCUGCUGCAGUCACUGUUUCGGCUAAUGAAACUAAGUCUAGUGGAUCUUUAGUAAGAAAGCGAUUGCUGUCACCCCUGAAUAACAUGCUUUUUCCAGACCAACAUUUUGGGGGUCAUCCUUUGGACAUUGGUAGCAGAAAUAUUCCUCCAGAUUCCACUUUUAGGAUUGGUAAUUUAAGUGCUUCUGCUGUGCAAGAUCAUAAGAAAGCAAAUGUUGGAAGCAAAGACCAUUAUACCUUGCCAAAUUGGUCUUUAUCAAGUGGCUCAGAAAAGAAGUGUAUACCUCAUGAUAGUGUCAUGGAGUCCAUUCUUUUCACUGAUGGCCCUUUUCUAGAAAAUGGGAAAUCACCAUCUCACAAUAGUUGUUUAUCUUCACCUGCAUUGUUGAAUGAACCAAGAUCACCAAGAAAUAUAAAACCCCAAAAUGGGGAAAUAUCUGUAUCAUCAUCAUCAUCAAAAAAGGGGAUGUCAUCUCCUCUUUCAUUGUCACCCCUUGGUCCUAAGUUUUCUGAUAGACUGAAAUCUGCAACAGGAUACAAAAAUACCAAAAGAGAGUUGGAUUAUGGUCAUUCAGUAUUAAGUAAUGUAGAGAAAACAAUAGAGUUUUCUGAAUCAGGCAUGAUCUUUGCUUCUGAAGAAGAGGAUUUCGGGAUAGCAAGCAAAUCAUUCGAAGAUGAUGUUUUUUACAAAGAGUUCCAUCCCUCUUCUGUUGAAAAUAGUAUUGACAUAAGCAUCUCUAUGUCUAGAGGAUCAGCCCCUACUUCUUCUCAAUGUAUGAGAUUCAUAAAAAGUUUGAGUGGGCUUCCCAUUAGGAGGUCCUUGGUUGGUUCAUUCGAAGAAUCUCUAUUAUCGGGCCGGUUCUUAUCUGGUAAAUUGAGCAAGGGAAUUGAAGGCUUUUUAGCUGUGCUAAGCAUAACUGGAGGGAACUUUUCGCCACAAUCCCAAAAGCUUCCUUUUUCAGUGAACAGUGUGGAUGGAGACUGUUAUUUGUUGUACUAUGCAUCAAUUGAUCUUGCAGGAAAUUCAUCAUCAAACAAAUUGAAAAGCCAAAGAUUGAAACGAGGCAAUAACAAUGAUGAUUCACAAACUGUCAGGAGCCGCCUGCGCAUACCUAUGAAGGGCCGAAUUCAAUUGGUUCUUAGCAAUCCAGAAAAGACACCUCUCCACACUUUUUUUUGCAACUAUGACUUGAGUGACAUGCCGGCCGGUACAAAAACUUUCUUGCGGCAGAAGAUCACGAUAGCUUCUACACAAACGAAACAAGGGAAGACAGACAUGGAGAGCUCUAAAAGCAGUGACAAAGAGAGUAAUUUUGAAACAAGCAAGGCAAAUGAGACUACACCAUCUCUACUACACCAAGGAAGUGAAUUUAGCAACAAUGGCAUGGCUGAGGCCGAUUUUGAUGAACAAUCCAAAAGCUUAAAUUUGUUCGCGCUUAAGAAAGGCUGCAACAUUGAAGAGGAUUGGAAAGAACAAAAAUUGGCGGAAACAUGCCAUGAAACUUGCAAGAAACAAGUUCAUGGCUGUUCAAGGGUCAAUGAUAGUAGCAAUGGUGCUGGUGCUUUGCGUUAUGCUAUUCACCUUAGAUUUAUAUGCCUGUUUCCGAAAAGUUCCAAGUCAUUACAGAGAUGCAAAUCUGACCCUGAUUCCAAACCACAGAAAAAGAGCCUUGAUGAGGAACGAAGAUUCUAUCUCUACAAUGAUUUGAGAGUUGUGUUCCCUCAACGCCACUCGGAUGAUGAUGAGGGCAAGUUAAACGUGGAGUACCAUUAUCCUGAAGAUCCAAGAUACUUUGAGGUUAAUUGAAAUAUCUCUCAUAAAUUGGAAUGACUUCCUUACUGUAAAUAUACAUAUAUUAUUUAUAUAAUGUAUAUAUCAUAUAUAUAAUGUAUAACAUAUAAUUGAUGAUUGAAUUAGUUGUUCAAUGGCCAAUUUAGUUUUUAUUUGGCCUAGUUACUAAUUAUAUUAUGGAUUAGGAUCUUCAAAGGUAUGUUAAUUUUGUUUAAUAGUUUCAGGUA